AUGACUGGCGGAGUCUUGUACCACUCCACUCAAAGAGACCCGAUCCAACUGCAUUAUCCACAACAGUUGAUAACAGAUUGGGCACCGGUCAACAGCUCCCUUUCUGGCCGGUCCGAAAAGGAACAGGCAAUGCCUUCGCCCUCGACCUCUUUGCUCUCUGCUACCGAAUCAAACUCUCAGCAAUCAUCUUACGACAUGCCUCAUUCACUCGUCAUGCCCCCGACAAAUUUUCAUCCCAUGCCUUACAAUGGCCCUGCAGAUCAUAUGCCUCCUUUCACUCCCACUAGGACUGGUAUGCCAGGACACGAGCAUUGGACACCCAUGAACGGCAUGUACGCCCCCCCUUUCCCCACUCCCGCCGGUAACGACCACUACUCACCAUACGGUCCUCCCGACGGCUAUCCCCUGACAUCCUCAGUUCUUCGACAUGAUGUCACCCCCCAGGCAGGCAACAACUACCAUGCCAUGCAACAUACUGGCCGUGCUAGCCAAAAGCGUAAAAGAGCGUCCGGUAGCGGUGGCGGUAAAAUUGGCUCGACCCGGAUUCUUCGGACACCACAGCGACCUUUAUUGCAGAUGGAGGAGGAGAGGACAGUCAAACGUCCCAGACAAGACGAUGUCAGCGUCACUAGUACUGCCCCAAGUCAACUACCCACACCACCAUCGCUUGGGCGAGACAUAUCCACCGUCAGUCUCCCCACACAUGUGCAACCCCCACCACCAAAUCCUUCACCACCGCCCACCUCGGAAUCAGAUGGCGAACCUGCGAGACGACAAAGUGUCACUAUAGCCCGACACAGAGAGCUUGGACGUCGAAUCAACUUGUCGAAUGACCAGGAGGGUAUCCAAGAGACUGAGACGUCUACUUUGCUCACUCUGCCCCCAAGAAAAAAGACGAUCCCCUCGUUGGCAAUCGACGCCACCGGUCAUGCCCAAGUGGCUACGGACGAAGUGCUGGAGAGUGAAUUGGCUUGGCUCAGCGGACCUUCCACCUCAACUAUAGGAGGCUCUUCCCAGCUCCGGACGCCGGCCAUGACAAGUAGAGCUUCCUUGCCUGAAGAAGUAGAUGACACUCCUCGUACGAAAGAAUACAAAGUGGUACGACGGUUGCAGCGGUUCUCGACGGACGUCAAGCUGGAUGAACCAAUGGUCAGCACCCGUAUCAGCAACGUUGGAAGGGUGGCGUUGAGGAAAGAUGCCGCUAUCAGGUUCAUCGGCCUGUUGGAUGGUCCCGAAAUAUAUGAGGAAACGCGACAGGAGGAAGAGGAUCGUUGGAUUGAAUCGAGUAAAUCAAAUCGGACCAGAGUCAUCAUCCGUCCCGACUGGCCUGAUCACGAGGCUCCUUGGGCUCUGGCUGGCGGACGAGGGAUGACUCGGUUACGUCGUGAGGCUCUGGAAAAGGCUGAAUUGAUCCGACGCUAUCUCGAGUCUAUGAGCGACGAGGAUUCCGACGAAGACAGAGAAGAUAUGAUUCCUUUGGAACCCAACUCGAAAGCUGAAGCUGUCUCGACAUACAUUUCCCGCGCACAAGCAUUGAUCAAUCAACGUCGACGCAAGAGACCCGUAAUCGAAGCCGAUGCCAGAUCUGCUUUACUAGUGAGUCUACGCCAACGGACCAUGGAGUAUGAACCCGGUGGUCCGAUCGAUUGCAGAUGUGGUGACCCCUCGACGUCGGAAAAAGGGAAGAUUAUAUCGUGCGAUGGAUGUGGAUCAUGGCAUCAUCUAUCAUGUCAAGGGAUAACCGACGAAUUGUCUCUACGAGGAUAUUGGUCUUGUCCUCGCUGUGUCCAUCAUAUCCUCGCUUUACAAAGAACCAUCAUGGCGACCGACUCUGGUUCAUCCUCCUCGACAUAUCGUGAAAGAGGUCCUCUAGCUUUUCAUACUCGAUCUGCCAAUGUGGCAUUAGCACCUUCUCCCAUGUUUGCCAUGGCACCCACUACGACAUUCCGAACUCCUGUGGCUAGAGAAAUCUCCUCCCCUCGCCGCCCACAUCGUUCGAGGGUUUUGUCAUACGAGCAUGCGGAUUAUUUCACAUUCCCAGAAGAUACACCUGGCAAUGGACCUCCUUCAACACCAGCACCCAUCAGACCCAAUCGUCAUUCGACACCGCGACACGAUGAUGCUUUCGAUGUCACUUCGACACCAAGUAGACAUAUCGAUUUCAACUUGGGCGGACCAUCGUUGUUCUCACUCACACCAUUAGGCGGGAAAGGAAGGGUGGCAUCGGGUGCGGUCGAGACACCUAUCAGGAGAAGUUUAGCUCAUGGGAUUAUGGGAUCUGAACCGAGUGAAUUUUUCAGAGAGUUGAACAGAGGUUCGGGGAUAGAAGGCGUCGGAAUUGGUUCGGGGAUAGGGAUGUCACCACAAUCGAGAUGGCCUCAUACACUCAUGGGAACUCAUACUCUCACACCAUCACCGUUCGGUCACAAGAGGAGUUUAUCAGGUAAUGCGGGUAGGUUGAGCAGUAUACGAUCCAGUUCGAGAUCGGGGUUGGGGAUGGCUUUUGAAGAACAUGAUGAUUAG